CAAAUUCCCACCAGGCAAUUUUCGAAUUACCAGGAGCCGUCGAAGUGCAGAGCCACAACCACGUCGCCCAACGCAGGACUCCGGAUCAGCAAUUGUCUUCAUACAAGACUCCUUGCUGAGUUCCCUUUUAUCGUGGCAGGGAAAUUUUGAUCAAGCGGAACAUAUCGCCAGUCAAGAUGCCUACCGAAGCCGGCCACAGAUUAUAUGUCAAGGGUCGCCACCUGAGCUAUCAGCGUGGCCGUCACACCACCCACCCCAAGACCAGCUUGAUCAAGAUCGAGGGUGUUGAUGACACUGCUGCUGCCAACUUCUACCUCGGCAAGCGCGUCGCCUAUGUCUACCGCGGCCAGAAGGAGGUUCGUGGCACCAAGAUCCGCGUGAUCUGGGGCAAGGUCACCAGGCCUCACGGCAACUCCGGCGUUGUCCGCGCCAAGUUCGCCGCUCCCCUCCCCUCCAGGUCCUUCGGUGCCUCCGUCCGCAUCAUGCUCUACCCCUCGUCUAUCUAAAGGGGAUGGGUCAGGCCGGAGUUGAGUGGUAAAGGUGGUUUAUGAUUUCGGUGCAUCAGGGAUUAGCAAGGGUCGGCAAACGGGCCUUGCUUCUAGCAUUCAAAAUCAAAGGCAUUACCAAAAAAAAGACAUGCCAAACAAUUGCGAUUGAGGAUCCCGCAGUUAAGUGCUGGGUGGGAGACGAAUGCUUCAUCAACGGGAGUGGUUCAUGAAACGGCGCAAUGGGGAGGAGACGAGUCAUCCUAUGUCACAAAUCAAUCACAGCCAGCCUGGGCUAAAAUUUAACAGGUCCUCUCAAUCACAAUAGCCACGCUUUGCUACCCAAGACCAUCGACCGAUCCUUGAAUGCUGUAGCUUUGGUUAACACUCUUCCUAGGAUUUAUGACAAG